UGUCCGACUCUAGCGUUGUCAAAACGUUUGUAAAAACAAUUAGUGAGCCGAAAAAGCGGUGAUGAAUUAUAGAAUACUUAAAAAAGAAGACCAUUAAGUGUAGCAACGUAAGUAUGUGUCAUAUAUAUUAUUCGUUUAUAACGUAUGCUUCCUACGUAAGCCUAGGCCUAGAAGAGGAUGGCGUUGAACAAGUUCAUGCACCCAAGAAACAAGUACUUUGACAAUCCACCAGACUUUUCUAAGCUGUCCGAAAAAUACCCAGAAUUCAAAAACCACACGUCAACCUCUUCAUCUGGCAAGGUCAGCAUUGACUUCAAGGAUCCCGAGGCACUGAGGUCGUUGACCUGUACUCUGUUGAAAGAAGACUUCGGACUGGAUGUGCAUCUACCAAUUGACAGGAUAAUUCCAACAGUGCCUUUGAGAUUGAAUUAUAUUCUGUGGAUUGAAGAUUUGUUGGCCAAGAGCAAGGUUUCAACAGAUGAAGAGGUUACUGGCAUUGACAUUGGUAGUGGGGCCUCAUGUAUUUAUCCGCUUCUUGGAUUUAAGACGAACGGCUGGAAAUUUGUUGCAUCUGAAGUCGAUGCGCUGUCUCUCCAUUUUGCAAAGGAAAAUGUACAAGCAAAUAAUGCUGAAGAUCAUAUAAAAGUGUAUGAAGCAGCUGAAAAUACAAUGCUAUUAGAAAUUGUGGCCGAUAAUCCUCGAACGUCAUACCAUUUCACGAUGUGCAACCCUCCAUUCUUUGGCAACAUGUUAGAAGCUCAGGGUAUAAUGUCAAGAACCAUGGAAAGAGCAGAGCCCAAGUCAGUGUGUACUGCAUCUGAGAUUGAAUGCAUAGCUGAUGGUGGCGAAGUGGAGUUUGUUAAAAGGAUGAUUCAAGAUAGUUUGAAACUCAGGCAAAAAAUAUUAUGGUUCACUUCAAUGGUUGGCAAGAAAACAAGUCUUCCUCUGUUAAAACAGGAGCUUCACAAACAUAAGAUAUCACAUUUCACGACAACUGAAUUUUGUCAAGGGCGAACAAUGAGAUGGGGUAUUGCUUGGACCUUCCAUGAAGAAGUGGACAUACUGCCCCCUGCCAAACGCUUCAAACCAUCAAAGGAGAAGCCUCCAUUAACAAUACCUGUUCCACCAAAGUACAUUGAAAAGGUACUCAGCACCCACCCAAAGGCCAAAGGUCAACUGAACAUGGUCAAGUUUUUAACCAAAGAGAUCAAGAAAUGUUUAAGAAAUCUUGAGAUAACGUUUAUCAAAAGCCAAAAUGCAGCAGCAUUGACUCGGUACGAACUAACAGCAACCAAGAACACAUGGUCCAAACAAAGACAGAAACGAAGACAACAACAAAGACUAAAGAAUGACAAAAACACGGAAAUAGCAGAGCAUAGUGAUCAAAAGGCAGACACUACAAUUAAUGACACUAGUAACAAUGAUGAGGAUAAAAUGGAAUUCCUUUUCAAGUGUUUUCUUGGAAUCAAAAUGGUGGAUGGAAAUUUUGUCAUGGAAAUUAACUGGAUCGAAGGCAAAAGUAGAGAGUUGAUGCAUCAGCUUGGCCAAUUUUUUAGAAACUUUUUUCAAAGAGAGAUUUCACUUUAUAUUCAGCCAAAGCUUCUCUGAAGAGCAAUUUUUUUUAAAGGAUAAAUGCAAUUAUUUUACAUUUAAAAGAAACUGUGUUUAAAAGGUUUUAAUAUAUUGUUUAAGAACCAAUUUAAUAAACCACCUGUAAACAUACACAUUUAGGAAAAAUGUUUUGUUUUGUAGUGUAUUUCCGAUCCAAGAAAUGGUGAUUUCAUUCUAGGAGACAGCAUAUUUUAAUGUGUGGAUGGGGGGUGGUUCAUUCAAUGACUGUUGAACGUAUCAGAUUCAUUAUGAUGAUGAUUCUUAAUUUAUCAUUGGAGAACCAGCAGCCGAGUUCCAGGGUACUAAAAAAUGGUUAGUGAGUGGAGUGAAUUGGCGGUUCAGAUGCAGGGUUUUAUCUCAUGACCAAAAGCUUUCCUAUACUGUAAUUGAUGGUGCUGUCUUUAAAUGAGUAAUUAAUAAUAUGUAGAUGAAAUUAUAACCUAGUUAUAGUUAAAGUAUGAUCAUUUUAAAGUUAAUGUCCGAAAAUAUAUACUGUAUCGCCUCUAUAUAGGUAUAGUUAAGAAAUAACCCAUAACUCGCAGUAUCGUGCUGAAUUGCGCAUGGGCAUGGUGCAUAACAACAUAGCCACUGUAAUUUGAGUAAGUGGUUUGGCGCAGUUAGAACGGUUUGUUUUCCCAAACUUGAGGUUGAGGUUUCAAUCCCCUUGCUGGGCAAGGCACUUUAUCU